AUGGCUGUACUGUCAACUCUCAACCAAAACACAAUCAUCGUCUCCCUAUUGGGCAUUUUCCUUUACUUUGUUGGUUUAGUUGUAUAUCGUCUCUUCUUUAGUCCCAUUGCAAACAUACCGGGCCCCAAGCUUACUGCAAUUACCUUUUGGGUUGAGGCAUAUUGGGAGGUGGUAAAGGGAGGAAGAUUUAUAUUCAAGAUUGAAGAAUGGCAUGAAAAAUAUGGCCCAAUUAUUCGUAUUACACCAACGGAGGUACACAUUCGCGAUGCAGAGUUCUACAAUGAGCUUUUCAAUACCAAGUCGAAGUACGACAAACUACCGCAAAUGGCGCAUCGCCUUGCGCACCCACAAGCCUUAGUCGACUCAAUCGAACAUGAUUAUCAUCGCCGCCGCAGAGCAGCUGUUGCUCCUUUCUUUACUAGGCAAAAGAUCAUAGACUUUAGCCCUUACACCAGCUCUCGGAUCAAGAAGAUGUGCAAUAUUCUCGAGACGCAAUACAAGGGAACUGGAAAGGUAGUAUGUCUGAACGAGGCUUGGGGUGCCUAUGUGGCUGACGUACUCAUCUGGUACAUCUGUGGUUUAUCCUACGAUUUCUUGGAUUUUCCCGAAUUCAAGUCGCCAUUUACAACGGCUAUCCACAAUUUUCUUUACUCAUUUCCGUUUGCAACAUGUUUUCCCACCAUUUCAAAGUGGCUCCAGGGCCUGCCGGAGUGGUUCCUUGUUAUGGUAGACCCUAAGAUGAAAUCAGUCUUUGAAUUUCGCCACGAAGUGAAAGGCCAGAUCCGACGAAUUGUGGCUGGCGAAAAUGAUGCAGACAAGCAUGUCACACAUCGCACUGUCUUCCACGAGCUACUCAAGUCUAGCAUGAGCAGGAGCGAACUUACCCAGGAGAUGAUGGAGCAUGAAGCGCAGAGUUUUGUGGGUGCAGGUAUCGACACGACAAAGACGGCACUCACCGUUGGAAGCUUCUGGAUCCUGCAAACGCCAGGCGUUAAAGCGCGGUUGAGAGAGGAGCUUGAGAAGGCUAUGCCUAACCCUGAUGAACUGCUGCCUCUCACCAAACUUGAAAAGUUACCGUACCUAAACGCGGUUGUGCAAGAAUCUCUACGUAUGUCGUAUGGGUUGACUAAUCGACUUCAACGUACAAAUCCAAUGGGUGUUAUUCAGUAUGACCAAUACGUCAUACCUCCUGGUACAGAAUUCAGCAUGUCAAAUUACCUACAGGUCACGGAUCCAAAGUUAUUCCCUAAUCCGGAUAAAUUUAUCCCAGAGCGCUGGCUAGAUAACCCUAUGACAUCCACUGGACAUCCGCUAAGCAAGUAUUUGACCAACUUUGGCAAGGGCCCGCGUAUGUGUCUGGGCAUGAAUUUUUCGUUGGCAGAGAUGUAUCUAGGUCUCUCAGGAUUGUUCAGGUUGGUAGAUUUGGAGUUGUAUGAGACAGAUAGAAGCGACGUGGAUAUGGCGGGAAGUUUCUUCGUGCCUCUUCCCAAGGCUAGCAGCAAGGGAAUACGCGUGAUUGUGAAAUGA